AUGCUCCUCCUGCUCCUCCUGGUCCUCACUCAUCCUCAUACUCCUCCUGGUCCUCACUCAUCCUCCUGCUCCUCCUGGUCCUCACUGAUCCUCCUGCUCUUCCUGCUCCUCCUGGUCCUCACUCAUCCUCCUGCUCCUCCUGGUCCUCACUCAUCCUCCUGCUCUUCCUGGUCCUCACUCAUCCUCCUGCUCCUCCUGGUCCUCACUGAUCCUCCUGCUCCUCACUCAUCCUACUGCUCCUCCUGCUCCUCCUGGUCCUCACUCAUCCUCAUACUCCUCCUGGUCCUCACUGAUCCUCCUGCUCCUCCUGGUCCUCACUGA